AUGUGUAAAUUUUUUUUGAUCAAUAUUCAACCAUUGACAGAGUUGUAUAGAUUCCGCAAAAGCAGGCUUAAUUAUGACUUGAUCGUUGAACUAGAAGAAAAAAAAGCAAACCGUACUGAAGAGGACCUUCUUCCUCCAUCGAUUAAUCCCCAGACAAAUGCUCUAAUUGAAAAAAUGCCGGUAAACGAUGACCAGAAAAACUCGCUAAAACAAUCGGUCGCCCACAUUGGUUUCCGCGCCUCAACUUGGGCAACGAUUUUUAUCUGUUGGAUCGUUUUGAAAUGGAACAUCCUCACGAAAGAGAAGCGCCAAGAGCUCAACAAAAAAGACAUGCAAGAUUAUGACGAUUUAGUCAAUUUCAACGUCCCUAUUUUUUCUGAAAUGUCAAUUGAUAAAUUUAUCAAAAAUUUAAAAGCAUUUAAUUUUUUUGGCUGGAAAAACUUGUAA